GAGUUUUAGAUGGAGGGGAUCGAGCAGAGAAGAAGAGAAGAAAUGGAAGAAUACCCAGAAGAGUGGCGAACACCACCAGUGAGUUUAGUAUCACUGGUUGGUUGGUCAGAGCAUCAUCAUCUCAUCUCAACACACUUGCUCUCUCAUCAACCACCAAUCAACACCUUAGCCUUACCUGAUUUAUCUAAAUUAUUACUCUUAUUACCCAAAUCCAAUAAACCCCCUCUUGACUCAUCUCCCCAACAAGGAGGCAUUCUCAAAAGAGAUUGGCUCAUCAAGCAUCGCACUCGAAUACCUUCCGUAGUUGCCCCUCUUUUUUCUUCCGAUCAGGUCUCUGGAGAUCCCACCCAGUGGCUUCAGGUCUGCUCCGAUCUCGACAACCUCAAGGCCGUUAUUCGUCCCAGGAACAUUAAAUUCCUUGUUGUUAUUAUCGUCAAAGAUGGAGAUGAUAUCAAUGAAGAUCGUUUUAUUGCUCUCCGUAAGCGUGCUGAAUUAGAUGCCAAAUACAUUCUUACUUUCAAUCCUAAUGAUGCUUCUCAAUUGCGACAUUCUCUUAACAGGCUGGGGAGCACGUUUGCAGAAAUGGCAAUUACUUAUUACAGAGAUGAAGGAAAGAGGAUCAAAACGCGAGUCGAAAAGAAGAGCAUCAAUUCUAUUGAUUUCAAUAUUCGUCAUUGCUUCAAAGCUGCUGUAUAUGCAGAGUUUCGAAGAGAUUGGGCUGAAGCUUUGAGGUUAUACGAGGAUGCCUAUCAUAUACUGCGGGAGAUGAUUGGGACAUCAACAAGGUUGCCUCCAAUUCAACGCUUGGUCGAGAUAAAAACUGUGGCUGAGCAAUUGCAUUUUAAAAUAUCAAAUUUGUUAUUGCAUGGUGGAAAGGUCAAAGAAGCAGUUACAUGGUUCCGUCAGCACAAUAAUUCUUACAGAAAGCUUGUUGGAGCACCAGAAGUUGUCUUCCUUCACUGGGAAUGGAUGAGCAGACAAUUUUUGGUGUUUGGUGAAUUGCUGGAGACAAGCUCUGUUUCGAUUCAAAACAUUUCAUCUCUAGUUUCAGGCGGUACAGACAGACCUUUGACUGAGUGGGAACUUCAUCCAUCUUAUUAUUAUCAGUUAGCUGCAAAUUACUUGAAGGAGAAGAGAUCAUCUUUGGAACUUGCUCUGUCAAUGUCAGAAACUUCUAAUGAGAUUGAUACCAGUGCUGAAUCCGUUGUACCUUCACUUUAUGUGGGUCAAUUUGCUCAAUUACUUGAGCAAGGGGAUUCUGCUACUAUGAAACCUCUUACAGAUGAAGAGUACACCCACUACGCUAUUGCAGAAGGGAAACGAUUUCAAGAUUCCUUUGAAAUUAUUGCUUUGCUCAAAAAAUCUUGUGAAUCAUAUGGUAAUCUCAAAGCCUGUAGGAUGGGUUCCUUUUGUGCAUUCCAGAUGGCAACUGAGUAUUUUGCAGUGGGGGAUUUCAGCAAUGCAAAACAGCUUUUUGAUGGUGUUGCAAGUCAAUAUAGACAGGAGGGAUGGGUUACUUUGUUGUGGGAGGUAUUGGGUUACCUGCGAGACUGCUCUAAGAAACAAGGCGCUGUGAGAGAUUUUGUUGAAUACUCCCUUGAAAUGGCUGCACUGCCAGUAUCAUCUGGUACCGAUGCCAAGCCUUUCAGAUUUAAAGAAUGUAGCCCAGCUGGUCCCCCAAGUUUCUCACAGAGAGAAGUCAUACACAAAGAAGUUUUUGGGCUUGUCAGCAGGGAAGCAGGGUCAGCAUCAGUUGAAGACGAUAAUGAUAUCAAAAUAACAGGAGAUACUCCACUUCAUCUUGAGAUUGAUCACGUCAGUCCCCUUAGAGUAGUACUUCUUGCUUCAGUUGCUUUUCAUGAACAAAUAGUUAAGCCUGGUGUAUCCACAUUAAUUACAGUGUCACUUCUAUCACAAUUACCCCAUACUGUUGAGAUCGAUCAAUUAGAAGUUCAGUUCAAUCAAUCUGAGUGUAAUUUUGUCAUCAUGAAUGCUCAAAAACCUUCAUUAGCUGCAAUGACUGAUGGGGAACAGGGUCAUCAAGUAGAGAGUGCUCCUCUUGUACUUGCCACAAAUAAAUGGUUGCGGUUGACAUAUGGUGUCAAAUCUGAGAAAAGUGGAAAGCUUGAAUGUGUCUCUGUAAUUGCAAAAAUGGGACCCCACUUCACUAUCUGUUGCAGAGCUGAAAGUCCUGCUUCAAUGGAUGAUUUGCCUCUUUGGAAGUAUGAAGAUCGCGUGGAAACUUUUCCAACCAAGGAUCCUGCUAUAGCAUUCUCCGGUCAGAAGGCUAUACAGGUUGAAGAACCAGAGCCACUGGUAGAUCUUAAUUUAGGUGCUUCUGGCCCUGCUUUUAUCGGAGAGAGCUUCAUGGUACCUGUUACAGUGGCCUCCAGAGGCCAUGACAUCUACUCUGCUGAGUUAAAGAUCAAUCUGGUGGACGUAAAAGGAGGUGGUUUGUUUAGUCCAAGGGAAACAGAGCCGUCCUCUAUGGAUAGUCAUCAUGUUGAGCUUAUUGGCAUUGUUGGGACAGAAGGGGAAGAUGAAUCUCAGUUGGGUUCUGAAAAAAUUGAGAAAAUUCAGCAAUCCUUUGGAUUGGUUUCUGUUCCAUUUCUGAAGAAUGGAGACUCAUGGUCUUGCAAAUUAGAAAUCCGUGACAGACCCAAACCAGUUAUGCUUUUCGUGUCUUUAGGCUAUUACCCACUUCGCGAUGAGUCGGCCGCAAGAAGGUCAACAUCCACAAGAGCUGCAAAUUGAAGGAAUAAGUGCCAUGCAAUAAGCCAUCGCUUUAUGCUGCCUUUCGCCGGGACCCCUGUUACUCUCAAGGAUCAAGCCGGUCAAGGUUUGAGCAAUCGGCA